AUGGGAUCCCACGCCUAUGAAGAGGAGUUCCUCUUCCGUUCAUUCACUCCCGAGUUGAAAGUCUUUGAUUUUGUCGACGUAAAAAUGGAGGAAUGCGUUGAGAAUCCGUGUUUAAUCCCUAACGAUCAUCAAUCCCAUCGACCACCGCCAUUGCCCAUUCACGGAUUGAGAGUUGCAGACUACCAUGGAUCAACAUCAGUCUCCCCAUCGUCAAGUCUCUCAUCACCAUCGGAUCUUAAGACGGAUUUCGGUGCGGAUUUCUGCUCGCCUUUAUGUGUGAACCCAUUCUCGGGCGGAUCCGCCUCAUUUCUGCACUCGCCGGCCAGCAGUAGCAGCAGCCCGUUUGGUGUUCCAUUUCACGCUCAGCACGGAGGAAAUGGCAGCAUUCCCAACUCGGCUCAAGGAUCGCUUCCAUCGAUGUGCGGCAGUCCAUUGCCUCCAGUUUCUCAUUUCUCUCAGCAUCCAGUGCAAACACAAGGACAACUUCAUCACGCUCCACCCGGGAUGAUCCCAGUGACGGCGAUGGGUGGCGGGUUCUUUGUGGCCGCAAACGGUCAACAAAUAUUAGGCCAUCAAAUUGCUCCGCCAGCAACUCUCCACCAUCAUCCGAUGCAGCAAACGAAUCACUAUUUCACCCAAAAUGUUCACGAUGCACAUGACGAUUCGUCGGAAGAGCACGGUCGUUCCCCAUCUCCUCCAUUGUCUGAGGGAGACGGUGAAGGGCUCACCGCUCUCCAAGCCCAACACCGAUCGAGAAGCAAAAUGCACGAGAUGGCUGUCAGGCAAAAGCUCAUCACAGAUCAGGACUCGCGGAGCUCCGGUUGUGUUCAAUUGUCAUCCGAAGAGAAAAGGACACUUGUGCAAGAAGGCUACUCGAUUCCCCAGAAGUUUCCAUUAACAAAAUCGGAAGAGGAAGCACUGAAGGUUGUUCGUCGAAAGAUCAAGAAUAAACUCUCCGCUCAAGAGUCCCGUCGGAAACGCAAAGAAUACAUGGAUUCUCUGGAGCAACGCGUGCAACUUUACUUCAACGAGAAUCAGCAAUUGAGACACAAAAUGAAACAGUUGGAGAUGUCCAAUCGUGGUCUCCUUUCUCGUCUCAAGCAAUUGGAGGCGAUUGUGGCGCCAAACGGGCAAAUUCUGGACGACGGAAUGAAACUUGAAGCUAAUCAUGGAUUAAUUCUCAAUUUUCUGAUUGUGGGGAGUCGAUGGCAAGUGUUUGAGCUUUUGGGGAAAGGGUCGUGGGGAGCCGUGCAUCGAGUCGUCGAUGUCAACAAACGGGGCAUCGAAGCGGCACUCAAAGUCGAAAGCACCGAAACCGAGGAUAACGGAGUACUGAAGUUGGAGGUAGAGGUGAUGAAGAAGCUGACAAAACGACCGCACACCAUUCGCUUUUUCGAUGCCGGGAAGCGCUCGAAAUAUUCCUACUUGACAAUGUCGUUGUGCGGUCGGGAUUUGGCGACACUCAAGAAAUCGCUGCAUAGAGGAAAAGAUGGGAAUCCGCCGGGAUUCUCGCACUCGACCACUCUUCGCAUUGCCGUCUUUGGACUCUACGCCCUCAAACAGUUGCACGAGGUCGGCUACGUGCACCGCGAUGUGAAACCGGCAAAUUGGGUGAUUGGGCUAAGGGGACGCGAUCGAAAGUGCGUCUAUCUCAUCGAUUACGGAAUGGCUCGCGCUUAUGUGACAAAGGACAAAAGCGGAAAAGAGAUCCUACGAAAGCCCCGACACAAAGCUCUGCUGAGGGGAACAAUCAGAUUCGUCUCUAUGAAUGUGCACAAUCGGGGCGAGCAGGGACGAGUCGACGAUUUGUGGGCUCUUCUGUAUUCCCUUGGACAUCUUUGUGAGGCGGGAUUACCUUGGAGUGGUGACAAGGAAGAGAAUGACAUUAAAGAGAAGAAGGGACAACGCGAUCAAGAGGUUUUUAAAAACUGUCCGAUCGAGUUCGUUGGGGUGGCGAAAAUGUUGCGCACUCUCGGCUACGAGCAUCGCCCCGAUUACGCGAAGAUCUACGAGACGCUCAUUGAAGGGAUCGACCGGCUCGCCGCAAAUUUCAGCGAUCCGUACGAUUGGGAGCAAAAUCAGUUGCCCUCCCCAGUGCAGACGUGCUACGAAAUGUCAGUGCGCGAGCGCGCCACGCAUCGACCGAUCACACAACGCGAGCUCGAUUUUCAAAGUUUUCCGCAGACGCUCCCCGCCUCGUUCAAACAGACUGACAUGAAAAUU